CUCAGUGAUAAACCACCGACCACUGAUCCUAUAGUCGUGAAAGGAUCCAGUUCUGCUGGAUCUGCUCACUGUUACACACAAGCAGCCCUGCAGGAGGAGACUGAAGACCUGCAGAUCCCAGUAAAGAAUGAAAUACAGAGAGUCAAAGACCAGCUCAAAACCAGCAUGAAGAAAAAGUUUGUGAGAUUAUUUGAAGGAACCAAACUACAAGAGAAUGAAACCCUCCUGAACAGGAUCUACACACAGCUCUACAUCAUAGUGGGAGAGAGAGAAGGAGUGAAUGAAGAACAUGAGGUUUUACAGAUGGAGAAAUCAGCCACAAUACAACACUCACAAGACACUCCAAUCAACUGCAAUGACAUCUUUAAAGCCUUACCUGAACCAGGAUGUGAGGAGAAACACCAGAUCAAGACUGUUCUUACUAAAGGCAUCGCUGGAAUCGGAAAAACCAUCUCUGUGCAGAAGUUCAUUCUUGACUGGGCUGAGGGAAAAGCCAAUCUGGAUGUGGAUUUCAUGUUUCUGCUUUCAUUUCGAGAGCUGAACUUGAUUCGAGAUCAUCAGUACAGUCUUCACAGACUUCUACUGGACUUUCAUCCUGAACUUCAAGAUCUGGACUCAAAGAUUUAUGAGGAUUGUAAAGUUGUAUUAAUCUUGGAUGGUCUUGAUGAAAGCAGAAUGACACUGAUGUUUUCAGAUGCUCAGAAAAUUUCUGAUGUGACUGAGACUUCAUCUGUGGGUGUGUUGAUGACAAACCUCAUGAAAGGAGAGCUGCUUCCCUCUGCUCUCAUCUGGAUCACCUCCAGACCAGCAGCAGCCAAUCAGAUCCCCUCCGAAUACAUCAACCGUCUGACAGAGAUUCAGGGAUUCAACGAGCCUCAGAAGGAGGAAUAUUUCAGGAAGAGAAUCAGUGACGAGCAUCAAGCCAGCAGAAUCAUCUCACACAUCAGAAGAGCAAGAAGCCUCCACAUGAUGUGCCACAUACCUGUCUUCUGCUGGAUCUCAUCCACUGUGCUUCAAAAGCUCCUGAAAGAAGAUCCGAGUGCAGAAAUUCCUCAAACUCUGACUGAAAUGUACAUCCACUUCCUGCUGAUUCAGAUCAACAUGAUGAAUCAGAAAUAUUAUGGGAAAGAUCCAGAGAAACUCCUGCAGUUCAACAGAGAUGUGAUUUUGAAACUUGCUAAAGUGGCUUUCAAACAGCUGAUGAAGGGCAAUGUGAUGUUCUAUGAGGAGGACCUGAGAGAGAGCGGCAUAGAUGAUCACUGAUGCCUCAGUGUAUUCUGGGAUUUGCACUGAGAUCUUUAAGAAGGAAUCAGUGAUUCAUGAGAGGAAAGUCUACAGCUUUAUUCAUCUAAGUAUUCAGGAGUUUCUUGCUGCAUUUUUUGCCUUUUACUUUUAUCUAAAUACAACUAUGGAGGGACUGGAGAAUUUAGUUUCAGUACAAAAUCUGCUUAAAGCAGCUGUAGAUAAAGCCAUUGAGAGUAAGAAUGGAAACAUGGAUCUAUUCCUGAGAUUCCUGCUGGGCGUCUCACUGGAGUCCAAUCAGAGACUCUUAGAGGAUCUACUGACACACACAGUGAACAGCUCAGAGAGCAUCAUGAGAACCACACA